GCAUAUUCUCCAUCCUCUUUUCCUCGUCCUAGGUUUGCAUAUUUUUCAUCCCAGGGCUGGUGCAGCCAACGAUGCGUCGCGCUCUUGAACUUCCCCUAUGUCUUCUUUCUCUGGCACUCCUCGCAGCCGCCCACGAACAUCAUGAUGAACUCACGGAGGAGGACGCCAACGCGCCUAUCGAUGCAAUCCUUUGGAUCCACAUGGCCCUCCAAGCACUCGUAUGGGGCAUACUAUUCCCUGUAGGAAUGGUACUUGGCAUCACACGAAGUCGGUGGCACGUACCUCUACAGAGCACAGGAAUUGCACUCACAAUAGGCGGCAUAUUCCUUGGACACGCUCACAAGGGGCGCCAGUUCCUUCGCUCUGCGCAUGGACCGUUCGCCAAGAUCCUCCUGCUCCCUGUCGCAAUCCAGCUUGCGCUCGGCGUGUACCUCAAACUGCACAUCCACGAGCGUACUAUUCGGCCGUAUGCUGUCAAGGCGCACGGGAUUGUCGGAAAGGCGUAUCCAAUACUGGGGUGGGUGCAGAUGUUGUUUGGGUCGAUAUCGUUCAGGGGCUAUUGUCGGGGCGGACACUUGGGACAGUGUUUGGCGCAUUACAUCAUGGGAAGCGGGUUCAUUGCGUAUGGCACUAUCAUGGCUAUCAUGUUCAUCGUCGGCGAGUCUUGGGUGCGGCGGAGCGGGAGGAGCCCAGAAUGGUGGGAUUCCUGGGUCAUUACUCUGUGGGGGAUUGUCAACACGUUCACCGAGCAUCACGGGGGCGCUUGGUCGGUCAAGGACAUGCAGCAUACUAUCCUCGGUGUUCUUUGGUGGACAGGAGGAAUGUUAGGCAUUUUCUUGUCGCGGAACAACCAGCGUUCCGUGAUCCCUAGUAUUAUCAUUAUCCUCACAGGAUGGGCUAUGGCAGGACACGCACAGGCGCUUAUGAUCUCGACGAUGGUCCACGCGACGUUUGGCUACACACUCUCAGCUGCCGGGCUUUCACGCAUCGUUGAAGUGUGCUUCCUCUCCUCGGCGAGGUACGAUGUCCCACCGGUGCAGGGUGAUAACAACAGCGAACACACGCUCGCGCCGGGAGAUUCGUCAGCAUCGCAGGAAGCUGGGAGAGUCAACGCUGAGAAAGCGUUCAGGCAUUUGCCACCUUUCCUAUUGGUUGCUUCUGGAAUCCUGUUCAUGUCAGCGACGGAUGAAGAGCUUGGAUUUGCCAACGAUGAAGGCAUGGACCAUGUUACGUACAUCCUUAUCAUGUUCAGCAUCACAUUCCUCCUGUAUACCCUUGUACUAGCGCUCAUUCACCUCUUCACCAUCUCGGGCCGAAAUGCGUCCUCGAAUUCGCAAACCGCUCUGGCAGGUGACAACGCCAUUGAACUCACCUCGCCCCGCGGAGCUGCGCCCAAGUGGUACGCUGCUGUGCCGGGCGAAGCGGAGGAGACACAUGUGCUCGGUGAAGACGAAGAUUAGUGUCAAUGCCUCUUCUAUGACAUCGAUGACGGUGGGGUUAGGCAUUUGGUGACGUCCACGUGUAAACGACGAGGCGUGUAUGCUGUAGUGCCUAUGGGCGCUUGUUAUCCGUUUGUUUCUCUUUUAGACCUUGUGGUACCUCCUCUCUUACUCUUAGCUUCUGUGUAUACCUGUAACCUCUUUGUAGAUCGAGACGGUGGCUAACGACAUAAUAUGUACCACUUGAAUCAACCUCGGGCGCGACGUCCGAAGGAAAUUACAGACACCACCAAGCCAAUAUCUAGAUCUCUUGUCCCUCUCAUUAACGUCACAAAGCUGUGCAUAUCGAUGAACCG